CCCUGGAAACAGGAUUUAAGUGGCUCACGGAACUCGGAGGGCUUCAAACGUGUAGAUUCACAUGCUUCUUCUACUCCACAGGUCGGGUGGUUUUAAUACAUAGUGGCGUUUGCUUGACGGCGACACUCCCCCCAGGUCGACGGGGGCCAGACGCAGCCCGCGGAGGAGUGGAUGGCUUCUGUAAUAAAAAUACGCGAAGAGAAUUGAGGAGAAGAAGAUUGGUCGGGGGCAAAGCCAGCAACACGGCGUCCUGUUCCUUUCGCCUCUUCCCCGGUGCGGAGCAACGGACCCGUGCGCCGCUUUUUUUGGGAGGGGAGGUCACACUCGGACAUAAUUUCGCUGCGACUAGAGAGAGCUCCGUGUGAAAUUCCGUUUUCUGCGUGGCUUCCCUGGUUUACCGAGCUGACACGGAGAUAUAACUACUGUAUCCCAGCCUAGCGAAUCGGAGUGAAAGUCCGCCAUAUUCUGCCUUACCACGCCCGGGAGUGGAGCCAUUGGAAAAUAAACGGACAACCUCGCUCAUGUGUUUUUCUCGCCAACGCAGACUGCGAGUUGGAAAACAAACAAGGUAUUUCAGCGUUUUAAAAUACCGUCAGCGUUGAGGACUUUGGAAAGAGCCUGGCCGGAGUACUGAUGACAAUACCUGUCCAGAUCAGUGCGGAUGUUGUGUUUUAAAAAGAUCUGUUGAUCAUACGGAGACAGAAUAUCAGAUUAUACCCAUCGACCGAGCAACAAUAUUCAACUGAACCCGCUUUCUACUCUGUUUGAAGCUUUCAGCAGGCCCAGAAAGCGAACCGAAACACAGGGAAAAGGGUGGGAGGAGGUGGGGGACUCCAAUAAUUCCUCUCAAAUAUCUUAUUUUCCGUCUCCACUCCAGUCUGAACACCCAGACUCAUUACAGCAUCACCUAAAGCCGGCCUGUAUGAGGACGUUAUUUGACAUUCACAGGCCUCCGGUUUUCCCUCCGCGACAAAUGUGAAAUCUGGAUGACUCAAUACAGAGGGGGGGAACAAGCGGAGUUAUAGUGCGUGUUUGAAAAAGGAAAAGGACCGAGAAUGACCCUGGAAUCCAUAAUGGCGUGCUGCCUCAGCGAGGAGGCGAAGGAAGCCAGGCGGAUCAACGACGAGAUCGAAAGGCAGCUCCGCCGGGAUAAGAGGGACGCACGCCGGGAGCUGAAACUGUUGCUUCUCGGAACUGGUGAAAGUGGGAAGAGCACAUUCAUCAAGCAGAUGAGGAUCAUCCACGGUGCCGGUUACUCCGAUGAGGACAAACGGGGUUUCACCAAGCUCGUCUAUCAGAACAUCUUCACGUCCAUGCAGGCUAUGAUCCGAGCUGCAGAGACGCUGAAGAUCCUUUACAAAUUAGACUCCAGCAAGACUAAUGCCAACAUUGUUAGAGAGGUGGACAUAGAGAAGGUCACCAGGUUGGAGAGUCCUUACGUAGACGCCAUCAAGAACUUGUGGAAAGAUCCCGGCAUCCAGGAGUGUUAUGAUCGAAGGAGGGAGUACCAGCUCUCAGAUUCCACUAAAUAUUACCUGGACUCACUGGACCGGAUCGCCCAACCCGUCUAUCUUCCCACCCAGCAGGAUGUGUUGAGGGUUCGGGUCCCGACCACUGGCAUUAUCGAAUAUCCAUUUGAUCUCCAGAGCGUCAUAUUCAGGAUGGUGGACGUUGGGGGUCAGAGGUCGGAGAGGAGGAAGUGGAUCCACUGUUUUGAGAACGUCACCUCCAUCAUGUUCCUGGUCGCCCUCAGCGAGUACGACCAGGUGUUGGUGGAGUCGGAUAACGAGAACCGGAUGGAGGAGAGUAAAGCUUUGUUUAGAACUAUAAUCACAUACCCCUGGUUCCAAAACUCCUCCGUCAUUUUGUUCCUGAACAAGAAAGACCUUCUGGAGGAGAAGAUCAUGUUCUCCCAUCUGGUCGACUACUUCCCAGAGUACGAUGGACCUCAGAGAGAUGCUCAAGCAGCUCGAGAGUUCAUCCUGAAGAUGUUUGUGGACCUGAAUCCAGACAGCGAUAAGAUCAUCUACUCUCACUUCACCUGCGCCACCGACACGGAGAACAUCCGCUUCGUCUUUGCAGCCGUCAAAGACACGAUCCUGCAGCUCAACCUGAAGGAGUACAACCUGGUGUAGAGUACGGCUCCUCCCUGAAACACUGACUGACUCGAUCUGUGAAAAGAUAGCUUUCACACAUACACACAGACGCAAAAUUCACGCUUACAAAUUAUCUAAGGAAAAUAAAUCUAACGGUUGCAUAAUACUAAUUUAUUUGCCCUUUGUUGACUUCUUGGUGCGUGAGGGGUUUCAUUUUGCUAUUUAAGGAGCUCCAUCACAUCUGCCUUUUUAUAAACAACCUUUCUUUUUGUAACCCUCCUCAUCUAUCAUCCUUUCCAAAAGUUCGGCAUGAACGUUAGCUUAACAGGAAGUGAUGUAACAUCUCGCUUAUCAACAGCCUCUUGUUUAUUCUUUUAUUUUUUUUAAUGCACCUGUUGGCAUGUCUCUUGUAAUGUUGCCAUAAACUGUGAUUUUUAAAUUAUUUGAGAUUGAUUUGAUAUUGAUUGACUUCAGUCAUUAUUCUUGUUCCAGUGUUACCUUGCUUUUACCAUUCAGUGAUUUGAGCACAUUUACUGCUUAUUCGGACACAAACGUGAAGUUCAGGACAAGAAGGAGAAAUCGUCUGAGCGACGAGGUGUGAAGAUGCCUUCAACAGACUGUCGGGAUGAGAGGGGCUCUUGAUUUCUGACGCAUUUACUAAAAGUGUUUACUUUAAACCGUGCCACACAGAAGCUUUUCUUUCAAAUUGCCAUUAUUACCGAUGCCAAAACAACUCAAGCACAAGAACGCUGGUGAGGGAAGGAAAGAGCAGGAGCAACAGACUGACAUGUUGAUCAACCAUCUGAAUCCUGCAGGUUAUGAAGUGUUCACCGUCCAGUCCAAUCACAGCUUAGCAGUAUCUCUGUGUCCAAUCACUGCCCGGCUUUCCAGACUGUUGUAGCUGAUUUGGAAGUUCAGAAUAAAUUUGGUUAGUUGCUACGUAAAGAGGAAAAAAAACUGCAGUGUUGAUAUGCAGUGUGAACCAAAGUAAAGUCCUUUCUAGUUUCUAAUUGGCACUUCUUUGCAAGCGACUCUCAAUUUACUUUGGAGUAUAUAUAUUUUAAUUAUCUCCCUGCAACAUAAGCCUGUAAUUUACGUUUAAUGAGGCAUAGUGCAAUUAUGAAUGCUAUAAUCAUUGUACAUACAUCUCACUUUCUCAAUAUAUAUAUAUGUAUGUGACAGCAUCUUUGUUGGCUUUGUAAUCAUUACUUUUUUGGGCAGAUUGAAUGUUCAGUAUUGAAAAUGUGUAUCUGUGUAAUUGUUUGUCCAAUGGCUAACUUGUUUUUUUGUAAGAGGAAAAAGUUAUUUACUUGUUCUGCUUUUGUUUCCCUUCAUUUGCCAGAUGAGAAUGUACAUUUUUGCGUUACGUUGCGUUCAUUUCUCAUUAAGGAAACAUUAUUUAGCUUCAGAAUGUGGACCCUUAGUAUCAGAUUAGUGCAAAUCGAAGCCGUUUCCUUAAAUUUACAGUUUCUCUCCUCAUCUUUGAGAAAUGGCGUCCUGACUCAGAUCUACACGACUAAUUCUAACAUUUGAACUCUUAGCAGGUUUCAGAUCAGAGCACUUUUUUCCUGACGCGUAACUCUUUGAUUCUGGAGUCUUUUUAAUAAGUAUUGAUGAGCUUUGGAGCCUCCUCAGUACACACUGUGGUCCUGAACAUGCUUCUCACCCCUUCGCAUUAAUAGCCAACAUGUUUCGUAGGAUCAGAACCGUGGAGCCAAGCUGAGAAGGACGGCAGGAGAGCUGCUGAGUUUAGGCGUUUUUGAAGAUGACUAAAUUUUCUGGGAAACUUCCCUGCAUACCGAGACAAAGUCAGCGUUGAAAAUCAGGUAAUUAAUGUACAAAAAGUCAAGUAGAACGAACCGUUCAUUGGUUCUUUUAAAAAAAAAAAGUUACUUUUUCAUCUCGAUCGCCACAGUUUCAUGAGAAUGUACAGUAUUCGUUCUUUUUUUUAUUUAUAAAAUGCGAAAAAUACAGUUCAUGUGUACAUAUUGCCUUAUAUUAAGCCGUGCCUCUGAAGUCUCACAAAGGCACUUGUUUUUAUUUUUUGUGAGAAGUGUAGCUAAAGCAGCUGAUAAUGUCUCGUUGUAAUUUUUGUUUUGGCUUGGUGUUUUUUUUUGUUGUUUUGUUUUUCCACGCUGUGAGAAGCUCUGGGAACAGCUCUGAUUUGCAGCUCAUGUGACGUAACAGCAGGACAUUAUAAGCACGUCACGAACAAACUGGAAACACAUUUCUGUUCAUUUCUGUUGUCGCAUCUGAUUCAUGUCUUAAAUGUUUCUACCACAGUGCAUUAUGAUGCAUUGAACUGCCUGGCACGCAUUAAAAGAGCAUGGAGACAUGCAGAAUGAGAA